AUGGCAGCAUCCUCAAAUCCAAUGCCAGAAAUACUUCUAGAAGCUAAACAAGCUGCCAUAACAGUGGCCAUGACAGCCAACAAGGAAGUAGCAGAACUUGAGAAAAUAUUAGCAGAACCUGAAGGGUUAACAGAGGCAGAGCGUGCAGCAAUAGCAGCUGCAAAAACAGUGGCACAGAUGGCAAAAGCAACAGCGAUGGCAGCAUGUACAGCAAUAGAGGAACCAUCAGUAGAUACAGGACUGGCGGCAGCAGCUGGAGCAGAGGCGGCAGCAGCUGGAGCAGAGGCGGCAGCAGCUGGAGCAAAGGCGGCAGCAGCUGGAGCAGAGGCGGCAGCAGCUGUGGCAGAGGCGGCAGCAGCUGGAGCAGAGGCGGCAGCAGCUGGAGCAGGGGCGGCAGCAGCUGGAGCAGAGGCGGCAGCAGCUGCUGCGAUCAACAACAGAGUCAGUCUCAUUUCUGUCACAGUGGCUCUCAUAGCUGUUGCGCUGCUUUAA